UUCACUCCAGUCAAACUGAACCCCUUGCUGGACUUCCAAUGUGUCAGCCCCCUCACACCACCAUGCGCUUGCCUGUGCCUUCCCCUUUUCCACUCCAAGCUCUCAUUCACCUGGUUAACCCUUCAGAUUCAGUUCAAGCAGGAUUUCCUCCCAGAAUCCUUUCUCUGUGUUCCCAGAGACACACCCUGGGGGUAGCCCUAACGAAAACAUUUAUCCCACUAUCACGUGAGAGUCCACCUCACUCACCUUUGUAUCCCCAGAGCCAACCACAUUAACAGGCGAUCAGAGAGGGAAAAGGCUGAUAGGAGCCAGCUUCUCGGAAUAUACUGACAGUCAGUGUUUCAGGACUCUCGUUCAGGGGGAAUCGCUAGGGCGAAUAAGGUCACACUCACCAAGUCCAGCUUUCCCCAGGCUCCGGUAGGUGGCGGAGUGGGACAGGCAAACACAGGGUCCAUGGCUGUCCAGUCCGUAAUACCCCAGAGCUCCCACCAUCAUCACCUAGCACCCAGCAGACGCUCACUAAAUUCUUGUAGAAGAAAUUAAACACAGGCCACAGGACAGUGUCGUAAAGGUGGACAGGUUUGAAGGGCGUGAAUAUUUCGAUACUGCCUCUUACCACAGGUGGUCACGCGGCGAUGGCGCAGACCUGAGCAUGCGCAGGAGACCCUGGGAGUUGUAGUUCACCAGUUGAACCGAGAAAGGCGAGACGGUGCUGAGCAUCCCGGGAACUGUAGUGUUAGCUAAGGGGCGCGCUCUGCGCGGGCGCACACCGACAGCCAUUUCCGGGCACUUUUCCGCAGCAUUUAGCAAAAGGAGAGAAUCCCAGAGUAACGAUGGCUACCUACAGCUUGGCGAACGAGAGACUACGCGCCCUGGAAGACAUCGAACGGGAAAUUGGAGCCAUUCUUCAGAAUGCAGGUACAGUGAUCUUGGAACUUUCCAAGGAAAAAACCAAUGAGCGGCUCCUAGACCGACAGGCAGCGGCCUUCACCGCGUCGGUGCAGCACGUGGAGGCGGAGCUGUCGGCUCAGAUCCGCUAUCUCACUCAGGUGGCCACAGGGCAGCCCCAUGAGGGCUCCAGCUACUCUUCGAGGAAGGACUGUCAGAUGGCCCUGAAGCGAGUGGACUAUGCUCGUCUCAAGCUCAGUGAGGUGGCUCGAACCUGUGAGCAGAUGCUGGAAAACUAGGCCAAGCAGGUGAAAAGCUUGGCAGGAGAGCUCCACCUACACCCCAGGACAGAACCUGGAGAGCAUGGGCUGCCCCGUACAUGCGCUGCUGGUCAGAAGCCAUGAGGACAAAGGCACAAAAGGUGGGAAUGGAGAACCUUAAAGACCAAGCCCGUGCAUGGCCGUGCCCUAGCUCCUCUGGCCAUGCACUUCGCCGAGCGCUGACAAGCUCAGAACAGGAGAGACAGAGACUCAAGACACCCAACCCACUUCCUCAGGUCCCUACCCCAGGCUUCUGGCAGACUUGGACCAAUGAAGACACAUUUUGUUCACUGGAAAAGAUAAAAUGAGAACUAAGGGUUUUGAUAAUAAAAACAAUAACAC